GCAGGUGCAGCCGGGUCCCAGGACCUGCCGGCCCCCAGCCCCCCAGCCGAGGCCUCCCAUCGCCAGCCCUGGUGCCAGCCCCGCAGGAGCCAGAGCGCCUGGCUCCCCCCACCCCGCCGAGCAGGGUGGGACCGACACAGUUUGCGCCCGCCUGGGGGGUCCUUCCCACUCCUCCGCUCACUCCUGCCUGUCUCCGACCCCCGCACGCCCUGGGCUCCUCCAUGUAUGGCGACUCCUAUAUCCAUGGCUUCGAGGACUCCGAGGUGGGCUCAGCCGAUUCCUACACCAGCCGGCCAUCCCUGGACUCAGACGUGUCCCUGGAGGAGGAGCGCGAGACGGCCCAGCACGAGGUGGAGAACCAGGCACAACAGCAGCUGGAGAGAGCCAAGCACAAGCCGGUAGCGUUUGCCGUACGCACCAAUGUCAGCUACUGCGGGGCCCUGGAUGAGGAGUGCCCCGUGCAGGGCUCCGCCAUCAACUUCGAAGCCAAAGAUUUCCUGCACAUCAAGGAGAAAUACAGCAAUGACUGGUGGAUCGGGCGGCUAGUGAAGGAGGGGGGGGACGUCGCUUUCAUCCCCAGUCCCCAGCGGCUGGAGGCCGUGCGGCUGAAGCAGGAGCAGAAAGCCAGGAGAUCUGGCAACGCCUCCGGCCUCGGGGACCCCAGCAAGCGGCGAUCGCCUCCCCCGUCCUUAGCAAAACAGAAGCAAAAGCAGGCAGAGCACAUCCCGCCCUACGACGUGGUUCCCUCCAUGAGACCAGUGGUGCUGGUGGGCCCCUCCCUGAAAGGAUAUGAGGUGACGGACAUGAUGCAGAAAGCGCUCUUCGACUUCCUCAAGCACAGGUUUGAUGGCAGGAUCUCCAUCACCCGCGUCACUGCCGACCUGUCCCUCGCCAAGCGCUCCGUCCUCAACAACCCGGGCAAGCGUGCCAUCAUCGAGCGCUCCGCCACCCGCUCCAGCAUCGCCGAGGUGCAGAGCGAGAUCGAGCGCAUCUUCGAGCUGGCCAAGGCCCUGCAGCUGGUGGUGCUGGACGCCGACACCAUCAACCACCCGGCCCAGCUGGCCAAGACCUCGCUGGCCCCCAUCGUGGUCUAUGUCAAGGUGUCCUCGCCCAAGGUGCUGCAGCGGCUGAUCAAAUCCCGCGGCAAGUCCCAGGUGAAGCACCUCAACGUGCAGAUGAUGGCGGCAGACAAGCUGGUGCAGUGCCCGCCGGAGCUCUUUGACGUGAUCCUGGACGAGAACCAGCUGGAGGACGCCUGUGAGCACCUGGCCGAGUACCUGGAGGUGUACUGGAGAGCCACACACCACCCGCUGCACCCGCUGGGCGGGCAGCCCCUCCUGACGCCACCCGCCACCAUCCCGGGCCUGCAGAACCAGCAGCUGCUGGGGGAGCGGGGAGGGGAGCACUCCCCCCUAGAGCACGACAGCCUGAUGCAGUCGGACGAGGCAAGCGAGACCUCCCACAAGCCCUGGGCGGCCACCUCGCAGCGUAGCUCCCAGCCCCUGGAGGACGAGUACCCGGACCCCUACCCGGAGCUGUACCAGCCCCACCGGCACCACAACAGCGGCCUGCACAGCGCCAACGGGCACGACUCGCAGGACCGGCUCCUGCAGCGCGAGGCCGAGCAGACCCACAACGACAGGAACUGGCAGCGCACCAGGCCCUGGGCCAAGGACAGCUACUGACGGGCACCAGCCCCGGCUCGCCCGCCGAUUGCCCCUCCCCACUGUCAGACCAGCCCCAUAGGCCCACGGAGCCUGGCCUCCCGGCCUUCCCCCAAACAGCCCCCCUUGCCAGGCGUGCAGCCCCUCCCGGAGCUGGGGGGUCACACUCCCUAACCGGACUACUUGGGGGGUGGGAGGAAAAGCCAUCUGUCCUCAGUCCCCCUGCCCCCGCUAGGCAUUGCUCAGACAAUCUCCCUGGAGGGAAAGCCCCCGGCCAGGGCACUGUUCCCACCCUGUCCAGCUGAGAGGAGAGGUCGGGAGCCAGGACACCUGGGGUCUAUGCACUGGCUGGCCCCUGCUCCAGGCCUCCGUUUCCCUGGUUGAAACUGCCUAGCUGGCAGUGCUUGUUCCAAGCCCCUCCGGCCCCCUUGCCCUCUGCCAUGGGGCUGGGCUGGGCUCCCUGGGGCAGGGUCUGUGAGUCCAGCUAACAGGGCACCAUUUGUUAAGUGCAAAACCCCUAAGGGGAGGGUGAGGCGCCUGGAUGCUGCCCCCCUCCCCUCCUUCAGUGGGGCUCAGCCCUGAUUCCCCCACAUCCACCGGCCCAGCCCCACUGCCCACCCCCAUAACCACUAGCAUCCAGCCACGACACAGAGAAACCUGUAGAUAGUGCACCCCACCGCCCUGGACUGGCCACUGUGUGCCUCAGGGGGGCACAGGUGCUACCCGGCUAGCGGCAGAGGGAGAUUCCCCCCUGCCUGGGGGAGCUGGGGCGAGCCCUCGGGGGGCCGGGAAGCACGGAGCGGCCAGGAUUUGUUACAGCUCUUGUGUAGG